CCUGCCCCAGUGCUGCAGCCGUGGCCCCUGCCCGCUCCAGGGCUGCCCAGCCCCUUCGGCCUCCCCUCCCGCCCCGUAGUGCUCAUUGCUCCCAGCGUGGGGACUUUGAGGGUGCAGCUGCACCCACCUUUGGGUGUUGCCCGGGCAGGGCGGGACCUGACCCCCUGCACUCGGCGGGGGGCUCCCAGGUGCCUCCUGUCCCCAGCAGCCGGCUCAGCCCCCCCGCGGCAGGUCGCUGGCUCCGCCCGCGGCCCCCGGCUCGUCCCCUCCGCUGCCGCCCCCCUUCCCGAGCCCCCCGCCGUGACUCUGCCCGCGCAGGAUGGGGUGGCCGAGCCGGCGGACCCCCCCGGGCAGGACCCCGCGGAGGCGGAGGCGGACUCCCUGGUGCCCACGCACGACGAGCGGGGCCGCCCCAUCCCCGAGUGGAAGCGGCAGGUGAUGGUGCGGCGGCUGCGGGCCCGGCUGGCGGACGAGGAGGCGGCGGGCGGCCAGGACGCGAGCUCCUGGCGCUUCUCGCCCUCCCGCCAGGCCGUGCUGGGCCCCUUCGGGGAGCUGCUGACCGAGGCAGACCUGCAACAGCUGGAGCGGGCGGUGGAGAGCCUGCGGCUGCGGCGGCGGGGCGAGGCGUACCAGGGCGAGCUGCGGCGCCUGGCGCGGGAGCUGCGCGCCCUCCUGCCGGCCCCCCUGUUCAGCAUCACCGUGCGGAGCCCCCCGCCCGGCCCCGGGCAGCCCCUGCCCCUCUGGUGUGGCCGCCUGGCCGGCGCCGUCAGCAGCCUGGCCGCGCUGCUGGCCCACGCCGAGGGGGCGCGGAUCGCCGCCCCCGCCGCCGCUCCCCCCGCCGCCGCCGGCGGGCAGCCCCGGGAGCCGGCGGGCAGCCUGGCGCAGCGGGAGAUCCGGCAGUGCGGAGUCUGCGUCCGCAGCCUCCGCGGCGCCUUCGAGCCCCCGUGGGGGGCGGCGGAGGGGAAGGCGGCCGGGGGGAGCGGUGCGGAGGCCGCCAGCGACUCGGGCAUCAGCUGCGAGGAGGCGUUAUCCGACGGCGGCGGCGGCGGCUCCCCGAGGCCGGGGCCGGAGUGGGGCAGCCUGAGGAAGGAGCGGAUCGUGAUGCUCUUCCUGAGCCACUGGAGACGGUCCGCCUACGGGCCCCCCCCCGCCGGCCGCCGGGGACCCCCGGGGGCAGCGGGGACCGGGGAGAGGGGGGCGGCCCGCCUGGCGCGGCAGAGGGCUGCCAUCCAGCGGCUUCUGGGCGGCUGGCGGGAGGCCGCCUCCCGCCGCCCCCCGCCCCCGCCGCCCCCCGCCGCCGGCCGCGCCCCGCUCUCCCCGGAGCAGUUCGUGGAGAGGGCCGGGGGGGGGCCGGCCGACUACGAGAGCCUGUCGCUGGAGCUCUUCAUGCUGGGCUAUUUCCGCAUCCUGGAGCAGGAGCUGCCCCCCGAGGAGCGCCGGGGCCGCCACCUCCUCUGCUUCGAGGUCUUCGAGCAGCUGGGCCGGCACGGCUGGCGGGCGGUGCGCGCCUUCCACCGCGCCGUCACCGACGAGAUCGCCGCCGGCCGGCGGGGCUGGCAGGACGGCUUCGACGACAUCAAGGCGAGGUAUUUCGGCUCUCCCCAGAGCUCAGCCCGGCGGCCGGGGGAGGCCGGAGGAGAGGGGGAGGAGAUCUGCCGCUACAUCGACCGCAGCUUCGCCUUCUGGAAGGAGAAGGAAGCCGAGAUCUUCAGCUCGGAGGAGUGAUGCCUGCUGGCGGGGGGGGCGGAGGGCUGCGUGAAGCCGCGGGCCGCAAUAAACGCCUUUCCGGUUCUGUCCGA